GACAACCGAUUCCCCCCCGCCGUCGGGGUGCCAUCGUUGCGCCCACCAACGGGAGAGACCUGAAAAGAAAGAAGGAAGUUUUAAAAGCACCGAGCAACAUCAGAUUCAAUCUAAACGGAGAACGAACCGCUCCUCACAUACAAUCGGCAUGUUGCCAGUUCUAGUUCCGUUAGUUGCGGCCCUGGCGUCCAGCGCCCUGGGCCAGGCGGGAUUCAAAUGUCCGACAAAAAAUGGCUAUUAUCCAGACAAAGAGCAAUGCGACAUGUACUAUGAAUGUCGUCAUGGCGUUCCAAAGCCGAAGCUCUGUGAUGAUGGCAUGGCUUUCAUCUGGACUAACAACCCCCUGUAUGCAAAGUGCGACGUGAUCACAAACGUCGACUGCUCUGAGAGACCGUACCUACAACAAGCAAAGACCAGUCCGCAUUGUCCGCGUGCAAACGGCUAUUAUCGUCAUGAAAAAUGGCCUCAGAUCUGUGACGAAUUCUACCAGUGUGACAAGGGAAAAGUGAAGGUCCUAAAAUGUCAGCCUGGCUUAGCCUUUGACCCUGAAAGUGCGGGCUGUCAAUGGGCCGCAAAGGUUAAGGGCUGCGAACAUCUUGCUAACUUGCCCAAGCCUCCUGGCCACGCUGAAAAUCAAUACGAAGACGACUACGAAGACGACGCUCAACAACUUGCGAGGCCAGGGCAAAGCGUCCCCCAGCAACAGCAGCAGCAGCAGCAGCCGCCACAACAGGCCAUUCGAAGACCCCAGUAAAACUCUAAGGUCUAUCCGGUCUGUGCAAUUUGCAGCUAACGAAGGCUAUAUAGUUGUACUGAAGAUCUUUGAGGCAAGCAAUCUUAAGGGCUUGUAAUCUCAUUAUCGUCUGCCGGCAUUAUUAGACCAUUUUUUGUUGAAAAGAAAUCGAGUAUCUUAACAAAAGUUGUAAACAAACAGCUUGUUGGGCGAGAUAUACUACCUAUACCGUGGAAGAUCGGUAGUUCUGAAGUUUACUGCAAGCUGUCUCCUUAUCACAGAGUAGCGUUCUGAAACUGCCGGCCAAGAUGACAUUUAAGUCUGCCUUUAUCAAAAAAUAUUAUUAUUAAUGUUAAUGAGUCAUAAACCCAUAUUUAUUUGCAACGCAUUCAACAAACGAGAAAACGUGUAUAUGUUAUUAUGUGUGUUGUAUCAAUGACCUAAUUUACUCCUAGAAAAUAAAUAGUAAAAAAAAAAAAGAAAAAACUAAUAUUAAUAAAUUUAUCGAAAUAUAUUGAUGACAAGAUACUUUGACGACUACGUA